UCUCGUCUCCAUGGUGUCUUUCCCGGAAGAGGCGGAGUUGGCAGGCUGACCUCCGUGGCUCUGAUUGGAGGAGUGGGGCGUAUUCUGUGCGGCCUGCGGGAAGAGCAGAGGGAGAGCUGGGAGAUGGCGGACUGUGCGGAUCCCAAGACGGUGCAAGACCUGACCGAGCUGGUCCAGAAUCUUCUCCAGCAGAUGCAGGACAAGUUCCAGACCAUGUCUGACCAGAUCAUCGGCAGAAUUGAUGAGAUGAGCACACGCAUUGAUGACCUGGAGAAGAACAUUGCAGAUCUCAUGACACAAGCCGGUGUGGAGGAGGUGGAUGCGGCAAACAAGGUCAGUGCCACUAUAUCCAUAGCACAUAAGAGCUCACACUCCAAUGUCCCCACCACAGUCACACCCUAUUAUUAUACGAGGGGCGAUCAAGUCAAAGCAGGACUUUUAAUUCUCCAGGUGUAA